UUUUCACAGUAAGGUAUGUGCUAACUUUAAGCUGGUGCUGAAAGACUUGGCGGAUUGCUUUUUAAAGAGUUUUGAUUCUUGUGUUGCUUAGUAUUCAAAUUAUUGUAGAAAUAAUAAUUGGAAUUUAUGAUUGAAUUGAUUGUUUAUUGAUAAUUGUCUCAGUGUUGUGAAUAGACCAAUUGAAAAACGAGUGAUUUAUCGCAAGAAGAAAAAGUGUUUUUCUAUUUUUGGAUUAUCGAUUUUUAUUUGGAAAGCUAAUAGGCUAUAAAAUAUGGCAGGCGGUGGCGACCCGAAAUGGCAGAAAGAUGCUUCAGACCAGAACUUUGAUUACAUGUUUAAACUUUUGAUCAUUGGAAAUUCGAGUGUUGGCAAAACAAGCUUUUUAUUCCGUUAUGCUGAUGAUUCAUUCACAUCGGCAUUCGUAUCAACCGUUGGCAUUGACUUCAAAGUGAAAACUGUUUUUCGACAUGACAAACGAGUAAAAUUGCAGAUAUGGGAUACAGCUGGACAAGAACGAUAUAGAACAAUAACAACCGCAUAUUAUCGAGGCGCAAUGGGUUUCAUACUAAUGUACGACAUCACAAACGAAGAAAGUUUCAAUUCCGUACAAGACUGGGUAACACAAAUAAAAACAUAUUCAUGGGAUAAUGCACAAGUGAUUUUGGUUGGUAACAAAUGCGACAUGGAAGAUGAAAGAGUUAUAUCGUUUGAACGGGGCAAACAAUUAGCCGAUCAGUUAGGUGUAGAAUUUUUCGAAACAUCAGCGAAGGAAAAUGUUAAUGUUAAAUCUGUAUUCGAACGACUGGUCGAUAUCAUUUGCGACAAAAUGUCAGAAAGCCUAGACUCAGAUCCAACCCUGGUGGCUGGCGGACCGAAGGGACAACGAUUAUCUGAUCCGCCGCAAGCUGGUCCGAACGCUAAUUGUAAUUGUUAAAAUAUCAGGUAAAAAUAAAUUAUUAAAAACUAAAAACCAACAAAAUGGAAGAAAAGUUAAAGUAAAAAACAAUUAAUUAAACAAAAAAAAAUAUUUCAUUGUUGUAUUUCAUCAGAGUUAAAAAUUCAGAAGAGAAGAAGAAAAAAAUAAAUUAUUAAUUUUAAACUCAUGAAACAAUUGAUCGGUUAUUGUCGUUUAAACAAAAAAUUAUAAAAUAAUGAAAAUUAGGUGAAAAUGAAAAUGGAAAUAACGCAGAGUACUAUAUAUUAUAGUAGACAAUAAUGGCUUUCACUGAAUGAAUAAACCAUUAUUUGACAAAGACACAACAAAAACGUAUUUUUCGAUCAUUUUUGUUCAAUAAUUUUCCCUUUCUGUUCAAUUAAAUUCCUUCACUAACUCUCCUCAUCCCCCUAACUUCUAAUGUACUCAAUACAUUUAUAUCUAAAGAUUAACAUUCAACAAAUUCAUACUUAAUAACAUCCGCAGCAUUGUAAAUAAUAAAAAAAUAACUCAUCUCUGAACCAAUAACAUAACCGUUCCUUUUCCUUGAAAAUAAUGGGCCAUGCGCCGCUGAUUUUAUUUCGAUGAAUUUGAUGUAAGAUAAAAAUUCAACGAAAUGCUUGCUUGAGCUGCGCCUGUUUAUUGGAAAAAGUUAUAGAAACAGAUGCCUAUUCGAAAAUAACAAUUUCGCAUUAAUUUCAAAUUUGAUAAGCGUCCUUAUAUAUACUGUACCGAUACAAUUGGUAUCGUUACUGAAUAUUUUGAACAGGUCUACUCAUAGUACUCACACAAAGAAUAUGCCACCCAUUAUAAAUCGCUAUAUAACUGACUGCUCAACUACAUGAAUAAAUCAAUGCAUUUUAUGAAUUAUGCAAAACUCACCGGCAAUGCAAGCUAAAAAUAAAUAAUUUCCAUUUAAAUUCAUUUAUUUCCAACAUCUAAUAGUUUUCCGCUGAAACGCUGCCAAAAAAAAAUCAAUUUAUUUAACAUGUCGAAAGCCGUCAAAGCAAAAUUUUAUAUUGAAAUAUCAUUUACAAUAUCCGAAUAAAAUUAAUAUCCGGACCAGAUUUUACUUUGAAGAUGAAUAUAUGGAUUCCAAACCCUUUGUGAAUUUUAAUUUAAUGAAAAUACGUUAAUGUAAUUUGGUGAUAAAAUCACAUCAUAUCUGCUUUCCAUUGAAAAUGAUGCAUCAAUGAAAAUAAAAUUUAAAAAAAAAAUUAAUAGCGAGCUUCUUAGCGUUUAAAAAACAAACAUUUACUUAUUCGAACACAAAGUAUAUUACGACCGUAUACCGCGGUUUUUUUCUGUUAUAUUAAUACCCUCGGACAAAUUAUGGAAUAUUUUAUUUGAAUGGAUAUAAAGUCAUUGUGCAUAUAAUGGAUGCAAUGAUUAUAAAAUUAAACGUGAAACGGGUAUUUUCGAUCACUUUUUAUUAACACAGAGCAUAAACUCUAAAAUAGGGCAUUUCUUUGCUUGUUAAUAAUAUCUAUUGGUCAUUGAUUGGAUUUUUAUUCUUUGACACAAUUGGGUAAUUUUAUCUACUUUCAGUGAGCAAUUUUAGACUAUUCGGCAAAAAUGUUGAUGUUUUAACAUACGGUAGUCCUAUCUAAGAUUGGAAAGGUGUGAAAGUAUCUAUGCUGUGCAAAAUAUUUUACUUGCGGCACUUUGCGAAAAUGAAAUUUUUGCAAGGGGCACACCGUUGACACUUGCGAAAAUUUUCACUUUCGCAUGGCUUCGCAAGUAAAAUACCUUACGUAAUUGCUUGGAGAUUGUUAUUUUGCGAAUGAGGGAUUAUAGCACUCCCUUUCGGCUCUGGCUGCAAACUCCCUCUCGGCAAAAUAAAAAUCUCCAAACAAGGACGUAAUGUACUAUUUGACAAAGCAGGUUAGAAAAUAGUCAUUUUCUCUCCAUCCGCUGAAACUUCGGAAGACUUUAUGAAAAACAUGUUUACCUCGAGAAAAAACUUAAAAAUUUAAUUUUCUCUUGUGACUUGUACGAUCUGGUCUCAAACCACACUCUCUAAAUGUAAUUUCAAACUUUGUUUUCCCUUGUUGAACAAAUAACUAUUUAAUCAAGGAAACCUAAUUUUACAAAAUACUAAAUUUGAUCCGAAUUUUCACUUAAUUUUUUUAAUUUGUCCGAGACUGAAUUCUUGAUAAGGGUGAUGCCGUUGCGAAGUAUCUUUAACCUUUUAGAAAAGGCUAAUCAUCUGUUAUCACCAUCACCGACUAGAAUAAGCAAUGAUCUACCUAUUAUUUGCUCUUGUACAGCAAAAUGAUUAGUUAAACAAAUGAAGUAAACACUAGUCGAUACUUAACAGAUUAAGUGACAGACUUUUACUGCAAUACGCCUCUUCUAAAAGGUUAAACCUAACUUGUCCACCAUCACACUGGAAUGCAAGAUGAUUAGCUUUGAUAUUCAUUUUGCCAAAAUAUAGAAUGGGUUGAAAAAUUAAGCCGAUAAUCUGGUAUCUGUUUUUAAUUAGUUAUUUACAAAUAUUUUAAGACAAAAGCAGGCUUUAAAAGCACCUCACAACAUAUGUACUAAAUAUUUUACUGUUAGUUAAUAGAAAAAACAUAUUCCUACAAAACUAUAGAUGUAAAUAGAACUGCGAAAGAUUUUUGGUUUGCUAAAACACAUAAAAUUAUCUUUUAAACAAGAAUGAGGUGCGAUUAGGAACUUAAUAUAGUUGCACUUGUUAUGAACGGACAAUGUUCUUUCUUUCCACUUAUAGCGAAACUAAUAGAAUAAUGUUUUCCCUCUAGCGUAACGAUUGACGGAUCGUUACAAAGCUACCGUUUUACCGAAAAUUACACGUAUGGUAUAGAUAGAUUAUUCUUUGUCGUCCAUUAGUUGCAUUGUCCUUCCUGAAAAACCAUUUUUUGUGCACAAAACUAGUCAUUGUGUUUAUAGCACUAAACACAAAUUUUAUGGAAUGAAGAAAUGAAAACCAAGCUCUCGGAUUUGUUAACGUCUUGUGACACUCUACGGUAGUUUCAAAAUUUUAAAAAUGCAAAAUAGGCAAGACUCUUUUCGAAGACUUAAAUGUUGACACAUCUACGUGUUAAUACGGAAAUAAAUUAAAUUUUAAUUAAAAAUUAAUUGAUAAAAUUUGCCAUAUCAUUUCAAAACAACGAAAUUUAAUUGUAUUGCCUCGCUUAAUCCAUAAAAUCAUUAAACA